UCUCGCGAUGCAAUUGAGCUCUUAGGAAGAGAAAAGAAGAAACAAAUGUUAAACAUCCACUAUUGAGACAACACAGGCAUGUCGAGGUCUGUCCAUGUAGACUAACCUAUCAAUCACUUACGGGUCCUCUUGCCGUCUCCAUGACAACCCCUCCCAUAGCAACCGGCCUUAUGACCUCCGCACCAUUCGGUGGGCAGCAGGCCCAGGCCGCCAGGGAUGUCAACACAGCGUCUCUGUGUCGCAUCGGCCAGGAGACGGUACAGGACAUUGUCCUGCGCACCAUGGAGAUCUUCCAGCUGCUGAGAAACAUGCAGCUCCCUAAUGGAGUGACGUACCACCCCAACACCCACCAGGACCGCCUGGGCAAACUGCAGGAGCACCUGCGCAUGCUCUCCGUGCUCUUCCGCAAGCUGCGCCUCGUCUACGACAAAUGCAACGAAAACUGUGCCGGUCUCGAAACUAUACCCCCCGAGGUGAGUGGCAGGCAAUAUGUGCUCGGUCCCAGCCCAUGUAUACCGUGGGAAAGUUUUUUUUUUUUUUUUUUGUCCUUCUCCCAGUCAGUUCAUGAAAGUUUCGUUUGACCUUGCGACCUUUGAUGCAAAUUGUUAUUCUAGUUGGGGGUAUUGUGCUUUCAGUGGUUUUAAUCCUCCUGUAGAAGUGAAACGCCACUGGAGUCCAGUUUCGUUGAGAGAAUGGCCGACAUUCUAGUGUGUGUGCGGAGGAGGGGUGUGUGUGGGGGGGGAACUGACAGGAAGUAGGUCACAGGAAGCCCCAGAAGGAUUCUUAUCUCCACCACAGCCUCCCUCAGGUCUAACUCAUCUCCGCUCCACAUCCUCCUGCCUGUUCUGCUGUCCGGCCCCCAGGGGCCCCUUAGUGGUGGUUAUGGACACCCACCUCUACACACUCCCAGUGCCACUUAGGCUGGCCCGGGGCUCACGCUGAGGCAGGGCCACAUAAACACUGCGCCGGAGCUGUGGUAACUGCGUUAGGU